AAAGGUUUGCCGUUCCAUAAAGGGCCAAACCAAACCCUAUCUCUCUAUAAUCUUUUUCCAAACGGAUCCUCAAAAGUAGCAUGCACUUAUGGCUUCUUCUUCUUCACACAAAAUGCGCCUGAGCCUAGCGGAACAAGUGAGAACAAUUGAAGAAGAUCAAGAAGAAGAAGAAGAAGAAGAAAGAAGAGAUUGGCUUCAGUUAGGGUUAGGGUUAGGUUUUAACAGUUCUGGGCAAAAGAAACAAGAACAUUAUCAAUCAAAGAGGAACCCCGUUUCAGUUUCCCCUGCUAGCUUACCUUCUCCUUUCUCAAAGCUUCAUAGUAUGCAUCAUCAUAAAGAAAUAGAGCUAGGUUUAGGGCUAGAAUUAGAGUUAGGGUUAGGAUUUGAUAAUAGCGGUAUAUCUUGUAAGAAUGUGGCUCCGAUUUGUAAUAAUAAUCACAACAAGAAGUUACGGGAAGAUCUAGAUGAGGUUGGUCAGUAUUAUGAUGAUGAAGAUCAUGAUCUAGAUUAUGAUGAUGAUAUAUCAUCAGGUAACUUUCUUGACUGGCAAUAUCCCAAGUUCAAUGAUUCCCAUCAUAACUCAACAACAAGAAGACCCCACCCUGGUUUGUGGUUUACUCUUAUCUCUUUUACCAACAGGGUUGGACAAGUACUGCCUCAAAUACCAAAGGCGUAUAUUAGAGUGAAGGACGAGAACAUGACAGUUUACAUGGUUAAAAAGUACCUGGUUAGAAAGCUUGGUCUCUCCAACGAAGAUGAGAUAGAUAUGGUAUGCAUGGGGCAGAACUUGUUGCCAACACAAACUUUGAAGCUAGUGCGAGAUGCUGUUUGGCUGCCGGGAUUAAUGCAAUCCAUAAAUAAUUCAACUACUCUAGUCUUUACAGGGCCACAAGGCAAGCCGAUUAAUCAUUUGAUGCAGUUGCAUUAUGGAAGACGAUGCCUCCUUUGAAUUGAUAUAUACUGUAAGAAGCUGUUGAAGAAUAUAUGCUGAAUAUGCAUGCCAUUAUAACUGGCCUCGCUUCAAUAAUAUUGAAAGAUUAGUUUUA